ACCAAAGCUUGACCAAGGUCUUUCGAUCGCGUCAUCCAUGAAUGAUGAAGAGAAAGACGAAUGUGAAACUGAGAUUGGAGAUUGCGAAACUUCCGGAUUCCCUGAAAAUGAAAAGCAUACGGAUGAGCCAACUCAAGAUGCUAACGCGUUGAGUCAAGACAUUCCAGAACCAGAUGAUUCCGGGAUUAAAAGUCCGAGAGAAGUCAACACUACUGACAACGAGGCAACUGCUCGAAACAGCCCAGCAAAGACUUCAAACGUAUUUUCUAACCCAGCAAAGACUGGUCAGACGAGUCUAGACGUUCAGCAGGAUGAACCGCUGGAGCCCUCUGAGCCUUCGGAAGCUCUGAUCUUUUCUCAGCCUGUUGAGCCGCUGGAGUCCUCUGAGCCUGAUGAACCGCCGGAGUCCCCUCAGUCCGCUGAACCUCUGGAGCAUUCCAAGCCUGCUCAACCUCUGCAGUCUUCCAAACCUGCUGAACCUCUGGAGUCUUCCAAGCCUGCUGAACCUCUGGAGUCUUCCAAGGCUGCUGAACCUCUGAAGUCCUCCAAGACUGCUGACCCACAGGCGACCACGAAAACUGCACAAGUAAGCGCCAGAUCGCAAGGACCUAAUGGCGAUAAUUCUGAAGCGUUGAUGGCAAAGAAAAGCAUGCUUGAAUUGAAUAAGCCUUCUUCUGCAUCCGAUCUUGGCAAAGGAGAAAUAUCAAGAGCGUCGUUGAAUCAGACAAGAAUGAGCGUGAAUUUAAAUGGACAGUCAACUCGACUGGCUAACACGAGUGUCAAAUCACUUGGACAAGAUCGUGCGGAAUCAGCAGCUCCGGCCUCUUCCAUGUUUAAGGCGAGGGGUUCACAGUCCACAUUGCCAACAGCAAGUUCUCUUGGACAGACACCUGGUGUUGGAAGGCCUAUGCCCGGCCGCAUCUCGUCACUCAUCAGCUUGAACAGAACGACAAGCUUGCCGCUCAGUCGAAAUGCUCCCAAAGAACCCAGCUUGAAUCUGGCCCGUCAACCAGCGGGACAGCAGAGAUCCAUCAGCAGCACCGCCCAAGAAAAGAGUGCUGCGAAGCCACUUCCCCUCGCAUUGCGCACGAGCAUCAAUCCUGGCGUUGAAUCAGCUAGACUCGGAAAUCGUACUCCUUUAAAGGGGAAAACUACAACUGAGAAUGGAGCUAUGGGAAGCAGGAUCAGCAGCUUGCGAAAGCUGCCUUCUAUCUCCAGCAAACCUAUUGUGGCACCUUCAGUCCAGCCUCGGGUGGCUCAUGUCCAAGUUGAUGAAGCCUCGCCGCCAGCAACUUCAGCUAAACCCUUAGCUUUGGAAUCUCAGCUGAAUAACACAUUUGUUUUUGGACAGCAUUCUGCAGUGGUUAAAAGCACACUGCUCAGCAAGGACGUGGCGAACGGCUCCGAGGCUGAUUCACAGGAAAUGCUUCUUAUAGAACCAGCUGAAGAGAAGCAAGACAAGGGUGACAUGACGCUAUCCUUCCGUGCUGCUGAAAAAACGACUAGGGAGCAAGACGAUGUGCAGAACAUGGGGAUGGUGGCCUUGCAAGCUGGCAGCGGCGGACAGCUCACGGAAAUCCAUAACAAUGGAAUUGGAGACAUGAGCAUGGAGUUUGAAGGAGAGGCAACAGGAGUUGACGAGCUUGAUCAG